UCCUCGAUCCGGAUCUGAUAGUCGCCCCUUCACUCCCUUUCCUCGCCCGCCGCCCGCUUCCUCUGUUUUGCUGUGGUCUCUGCUUUGCCGGGGCGCACAAUUCUUUCUCUUUUCUUGGUAGGAGACCUCCCGCUUCCGCCAAUUCCUCCCAAUCGCUGCUGCAUCCGUCUCGAUGGACAAGCCGAGCGCCAAAUCGCUCCCGCCCGGCGUGCAGGCGGUCUACCGCUACGCCCGCUCCUUCAGACUCUUCCAUAGUCCGCGAGCGAUGCGUAUUGCCUCCGUUCUUUCUGGCUUCGUCGUACUUUUUCUCUUUUUUGGCCUCCUGCCUUACUCCGGCACGCAUGUGACCCGUGAUAGGGUGCUGCCUGGCGACCUCGAUCCGCCCUUCCUGCAGACCUCUUCCCGCCGCUGUCCCGCCCACGUCGGUGCUCACCCUCGCCGCGUGCUUUCCUCGGUCUCAAACCCUUUCAUGACCGCCAUGCGCAUCAAUUUUAAUCUUGUCGGCCGUUCGGCGUCCUCCAGCAAGGAGACCUCGAGCUCGCGCUUCAACCCAAGCAUCCUGCCGCUGCCCUACAAGUCCAGCUAUCCGUACAUCGGCUUCACCAGCCAGGAAAAAGGAAACGUCUACGAGCUUUACUCUUGCUUCCUCACCAGAGGCCAGAAGGCGGUCUCCAAGCAAGUGGGCCUGCAGUGUGCCACCGAGCCUGUCAAGAUCGUCAUCCAGACUCCAGAAUCUGGCGAGUGCCGUGAGCAUAUCUUCCUCGGCCUCCGAUCUGGCCCUCAAACCCCCAGAGUCUUCUUUUCUCCCGAGGGCGCCCCAUUACUCACAUACUCGGCCAACUCGGUCGAGGGCUGCAUCGGUGUCUGGAUGGUCGAUCUUCGCGCCGUCUACCCGUCGCUCACUGAGUACUUCCCCAAUCCCAAAAUCGAAUAUAUCGACCCGGUCGAGCUCCGCCGCCCCGAGCCCAAGCGAGAGAUGGAACAGAACUGGUCUCUCAUGUUCAUCGCAAACAAAACUUUCAUCCAGCAGGACCUCUACCCUCGCACAUUCUCCUCGAUCGGCUGGCAGACUCGCAACCUGGCGCCGCGCUCUUUCAAGUGCUUGAACGCUCUCGUGGAGAAAAAAGAGUCUACCGUCUUGCGACAAGCCACAAACACUUUGAGACUUUCUCUCUGUGAGUUCCCUUGCACCCCCACAGAGGACAACACAGUCUUGAUCUCAAUCAUUCAUGUCAAGUAUCAAGAGGGUUACCGCCCAUACUACGAGCGACGAGUUCUGAUGACCAAAGCGACCUUCCCCUUCGAUGUCAUCGGAGUCUCCCCGCCAUUGAUCUAUGCCGGUGUUGAUGAGCAGGCGCUCCUGUACACCACCACUAUUGCCUACGACUCUCGGCAGGCGCCCCGCAAGGAUCGCGAGAAGGUCUAUGAUAUGAACCUCGAGAAGUAUAUGGUUAGGACCGCUGUUUCAAUGCCCUCGCCCGAGUCCGAAGAUGAAUCUGAAUCGGCUGAGGAUGAGAAGUCAGAGUCUCAGAAGUCGUCUACUGAGAAGAAAGAAGAGAAAGAGAAGAAAGACAAGCGAUCGCUUGGUAAGCGUUUGGAGGAGAAGAAGCUGAAACAGUUACUCUCGAUUCAGCAGGCGAACCGAGAUCAGACAAAGGUGUUUGAAAAUUGGGAAGAUGAUCCGCAGCUAAAAGGUCUCGAGAGCGACUACUAUCACGGAUACCUGAACGACGUGGUUUUGAUCAAUUUUGGCAUUGAUGACAGAGAGUCCGCGGUCUUAGAUGUGCGUGCCUCGGACUUGGUUGAGUGUGUCAAGAAGUGCUUACAGUAAGUGGCCGGAGUUAUGUUUUUUUAAUCCUGUGUAUGUAUAUCUUGCCUUUUGCGCAUCAUAAUAGUCGCCAAACUCCUUGUACUUCAUUAUUCGUGUAUAUGUUCAAUAAUAUUGCAAAGCCUACUAUUUGUAAAU